AUGCCACCAAAACCCGGGAGACAAACGAGGAAAGACCAGGAAGGACAGGACUCGGGACACUCAGACACAGUCACAGAUUCCGGCUCCGAACCGGGGUACUGCCAAUUCCAGACAAAGAAGGCACCGCCAUCGAGCACGUUCGAGGCACCGUCUGGGUGCAGUGCGAAUGUGGUGGGCCUGGAAGAAAGAGUCGAGCGAGCCACACACGCGGCUAUGAACGACAUCAACGGUGGACCCGGUGGCUGGGAUAGCUGGCCUGAUGCUGAUGAGAUGCAAUGGAAGGGCACUGGCUCCAGCUCACAUCCAGAGCCACUGCCGUCGCCGCCGUCGACCACGAGCACAACCAAGAGGCACUACGUGGAUACGCCGACACACAUUAACACCGGGUCUGAGUCACGGACGAGACAUGCUGGCAGGCUCCACGCCAUCCCUGCUGAAGAUGUCAACUAUCUCGAGUCACAGGGACGUGUCAAGCUACUGUAUGACAUGGAGACGGAAGACUCCCAGCUCUCUCUAGCACAAGCUGCCCUGCUUCUCACAUGCUGGGUCCCUGGGAGCAAGGCUGCCUUUCAGCUCAAGCCGAACUCGACGUGGCUCAGCCUGGCCAUCCAGCACGCGCGAAGCAUCAACGCAGACCGCUGCACGACGUCGACCCCGACCACAUCGACAGCCGGGACGACAACGUGCAGUCAGCCACAGAAGCUCCAGAACAUGCUGCGUCGCCUGUGGUGGUCUUGCAUCAUCCGCGACCGUCUCGGCUCACUGUGCACCCGCCGCAGCAUCAGCAUUACCCGGCACCGGUUCGGUUUUGAUGCCGUGACGCCUCUUGGGUUUGCAGACCUGGAGGACGAAGUGCACCGGUCGAGCGUAUACAACGCCGCCACGAAGCGCUCCCUCGCCCGGCUGCUCACCCACUAUAUCCAGUUCUGCAUUGUGCUCACCGACGUGUUGACGCUCGUUUUCCUUUUCGAAAACGCACAACAGUCCCGAAUAACCCCAAAGCCUGAAGACGAGGCCGGGAUUGAAGAGUGCAAAGUGCUCCUGGAGAGCUCCGCGAGAAUCGCGCUUUACCACUACAGCGUCCUCUACCACUCCAUGACACUGAACAAAGCAGCAGAGCCGUCACGGCACAAGACCUUUGAGAUCAUCCACGAGAGCCGCCAGGAGCUGCAAGACGCCGCCCUCAGCGUGACCGAGUGCUUGGGCGAGCUCGUCCGGCGUCACCUGGCCCAUUGGCUGCCGAUCACAGCCGUCGCAUGCGUGGCGACCCCGCUGGCCCUGCACUCCAUCACCGCCAAGCUAGCCAGCGCACGCGGCGCCAACACCGGCACCACCACCGGCGGAGGCGCUGCCGAGCGUCAGGGGACGCCCGCGUGGGGCGGCCCCGCGGCGGCGAGCAGCAGCAGCACCACCAACCAGAAGCGCAUGGCCGUCUUCGCCGAGGCCAUGAAGGCAUUCCUGCCACGAUACGAGGGCACCGAGUGGGUCGCCGAGACGGUGCGCCACGUGUCCAGCCUCGCACAGUCGCUGAUGACCGAGUCGGCGGGCUCCUCGUUCGCCGCCGACUGGACCGACCUGCUGGCGCGCCACACCAGCUCGUACCUGCUCAUGACCAUGACCGUCGACGUGUGUAUCGGCCAGGGGCGGCCGCCCGAGGAGCGGCACUUCCCGGCCUGGCUGCGGGGGGGGGGGGGAGACGGGGGCAGUUCGGGGACGGGACCGCCGAUGAGGGCUCUGAGCCCGACGAUGACGACGGCGACGGUAGUUGGCCAGGCAGCGAUGAUGGAGGGGCCCGUUCAGGGCCUCAACCUUGGCGGCACCGGUGUGCUGGGCGGGAUGUACGACUCGUUUUCGUUCCAGCAGCGUCCAGAGACGGACAACAUGCAGCGCCAGCUAUUCGGCGGCGCGGCGGCGUAG